GGAAGAUAAAUUGGUGAUUACUUUGGUAAACAAGACGUAUUUGGAGUCAGCGUAAAUAGAAUUGUUAUUCUUGAGGGAAUAAUUAUUGAAUUGUAAGAGUUAUUUGUGUGCGUCAUCGACUCUGUCGUCACCAGUUCUGGAAGGAACGACAACAAUUACGAGUACGACCAGACAGAUAAUAGGGGAAAAAUUAUUAUAGGUUGAUAUCUUGAUUAACUGACGGAGGAGAGAAGAUUAUUGGGUAAAAAAUAUAAAAAUAUAUCGUCAUCAGUGGCGGUAAGAUAGCGAGGUGGAUAAUCGCAUGCUCCUUUAGCCUCGUGCGUGAGCACGGGUAAGUGAAUAAAUAACCAACGUAUAUAAGGGACCCCGUGGCCGGGGGUAUAAUCAGUCGCGACGGCAGAUGUCAGGAUGCCGGAACAGAGCAACGACUAUAGAGUCGUGGUAUUUGGAGCCGGUGGAGUUGGUAAAAGUUCGUUGGUAUUGCGUUUUGUGAAAGGAACUUUUCGCGAAUCUUAUAUACCAACUAUCGAAGACACCUAUAGACAGGUGAUAAGCUGUAAUAAAAAUAUAUGCACACUUCAAAUAACGGAUACAACCGGGUCCCACCAGUUUCCUGCUAUGCAGCGGCUUUCGAUAAGUAAAGGUCACGCAUUCAUCCUGGUGUACUCGGUCUGCUCGCGGCAAAGCCUAGAAGAAUUACGGCCAAUCUGGGCAGUGAUACGGGAGCUUAAGGGUCAGGAUAUUUCCCAAAUACCGAUAAUGCUGGUCGGCAACAAGUGCGAUGAAAGCCCUUCAGUACGCGAAGUAUCAAUGAGCGAGGGUGCGGCCGAGGCUGCUAAUUGGGGCUGUGGAUUUCUUGAAACCUCUGCCAAGACUAAUCACAACGUUAAUGCACUUUUCCGCGAUCUUCUUACCCUAGAGAAGAAUCGCUCGGUCUCAUUACAGCCGGUGCAGAGCAACAACGCGAUAAGCCUUAAGGAAAAAUGUGCCGUUAUGUAAAUUUAUUAUUAAAAAUUAUUAAUAUUAAUAUUACUAUUAAUUACUAUUAGUAUUUAAUUAAUUAAAUAAUUCAAUUCAUUAAAUAAAUACUUAUUGAAUUUUAUUGGCUUGUAAGUAUUACUAAAAUUAAUUAUUUUAGGUCAUGCUUUCAUGAAAAUAAUUGUGACUAAAUUUCAUGUCCAUCCAUUAGGUCGUGAACUAUUUUAUUUUUUACACUAGAAAAGAAUGGUGUUAAAAAUAAUUAACACCGGUGUAAGCAGUCUAAUUUAGCGGUGUUAAAUUGGUGUAAAAAAAAAAUUCCACUUAUAGAAAUUAGAAUAAAAAAAUGUACUAUUUAACUCUAGGAAAUUUUUUUAACACCGAAAAUUUUAACACCUACACCUGGAUUUAUCCCGUUUUUUUAAUGUGUAUAUUUUAAUUAAUAAUUUACAAGCA